AUGGCUGUGUUCAAGGAUAGUGUUCCUUUGGUAAAAUUGCUACUAGAAGCAGGAGCAGACCCUGAUUUGCCUUUUGCCGCUCCGGCUGCAAUGGCGUUUUCAGAGUUCCCUGACACAUCAAGCUACAAAUGGUUUAGCGAAAACGACAGUGCUUUCUUUAAGACCUCCCUCGUGCACCUGGCCAAGUCGAAGGAAGUGGCCGAACUGCUUCGCUCACGAAGCCAAAGUCAGGGUAGCGGUAGCGGAUAUCGUCUUGAGACGGAGUCUCCUCCACCCUCUGCAAGGGGCGGCUCCUUGAGUGAUUUCGAUACUCUUGGCAACGUUACUUUACCUUUGCCAAAGUUUGCCGACAUGUCCCAGCCCGUGUGGGCUUGGGAAUCCAUUCACAGGGAAGAGUGGAUCAAUCAACCUGCUUGUGUGAAGGCACGGCUUCUUAUUCAGCAAGGAUUGGAACCACUCCCUUCCAUGGCGAAUCGACAACGAUCGCUAGGGCUCAAAGUUCGAGGAAAGGCUCCACAACCGGAGGAGCCAUUGAAUUUGCACCCAGAGGUGCCUUUGGACAUUAUGCAGAAGUUGGAGGUUGUCAUGUCCCAGUUUUUUCGACAGCAGGUGAUAUUGACUCCAGGAGGCUCAAGCAGCAGAAAGACGGAUCUAGCUUCGAGUGAUUGGGACUUUUACUUCGAAGUGCCUGGAAUUCCAGUCACAACGAACAUCAGAGAUAAACUGCUGGAGUGCCUGAAAGAGAAAAUGGAAUUGAAAGCCAAGUUGUCCGAGAGGCGCAUCGCUGUACAACUGCAAAUCAAUUCCACUCUGAUUGAACUCGUACCUCGCAACGCCUCCUAUUUUGAUUGGACGGCUGUGGAUUUUCCGUUGUUCUUGGGAUCGGACAACCGAUCCAAGAUCGAUGCCGACUUGGGGGAAUUUCUGAGAGACAAUGCAGGAGCGCGAGUGGCAAUCCGAGAGCUCAAAGCAGCGUUUGCAAACAUUUCUGGGGUUCCAAGCUUUUUGGUGGAACAUCUUGUCAAGCGCAUGGCCAUGCAGUCCAUUUUGUUGUACUCAUUGCAUGGUUUUGUCUUUGAAUGGAGGUUGCCAGAGGCCUUCACUUUGCUUUGCCACACAUUGGAAGAGUUGGCUACUUUUGAAAGUAGGCCAAAGGAUCCCUUCUCACCUUUGCAAGAUCUGCUUGAUGAUCUUCAAUUUGCAGAGCCACCUCGGCGGCAGAGGAUCCGUGCAGGCUUAGACGAAAUGGCCACCCUGGCCAGAAACGUCUCCUGGGCAAACCGGUUUCUCUUUCACGUGGAGUUCCUUAUCAAUGCACAGCGCCACAGCCUUCAAGAUGUUCUUGCAGACCCAAGGAGCUUGCCACCACCGCAUACAGCUUAUUCACUCUUUCUGGAGUGUCAGGUUGGAAGAGAGAACUUCAGUCGAUUUCUUGAUUUGGCCAAUUUUACCACCCCAUCACUCAUGCAAGACAGGACCCCGGAGGAUAUGCUGGCAUUGCAACUUGACCCGGACUUGCAGAAAGCGAAUCCUGCUUCAGGAUUUUUUGGGCUUGACAGGAAUGAAUCAGAAUGGCUUGAGUUUAUGGAACUCAACAUGGAGUUUUGGGAAGCCUCUAUGAAGUGGUGGAAUAUGUCAGACUGCGAGCGGAGGCCCUGGCAAGACAUGCAUCAAUUUCAGCAGGAGCUUUUUCGUUCAGAGCUGGCCGCCAGGGCGGCGAAGCCCAUGCAACAUCCUGUGAGACUUCACCGGGCAGAGUUACAUCCCAUCAAAUGGUAUAGAAUGUUUGUGAGAGGUUUGCUGGCAGUGAAAGGAAUUUGUCCGGAAUUGCAAAGGCAAAUAUGUCUCAACAAGUUGCAACGAUUUCAGAACAGCCCUUAUGCCCGGCACAACUUUGAGCUUGAGGAUGUUUGA